CUGAUCGUAGUCCAUGCCAAAGAAUGCAGGCACACACAGUUCAGUCUUCUACGUGGCCACCAUUUCGUCGCAGGCACAGCUCUGCCCUCCUUAACAUGUCAUAAACCGCACGCCUUAUCAUUCCACCAUCCUGCCUCAAAAGAGUUACUUCAGCUUCAGUACGAUCCUGCAGGUCAUCCAGGUUUCUUGGCGGAGUGACGUAGACCUUUGACUUCAGAUGGCCCCACAAGAAAAAGUCAAGUGGGUGUUUGUUGUGUGACUGAUGUGGAUUCAGCAGAAUGGAUCAGUGUGAGAACAGAGAGGAGGGAGCCCCUUCCCAAAAGACCACCAAGAGGACCCCCCCAGGACCUGGACCUGGACCUGACAGGCCCUCGAAAGCUCAGAGACUUGGACCUGGACCCAGCUGUAUGUCUAUGAAGAGUACUGACUCCAAGGAAUAUUUUAUUAACUUCAAAGGGAAAUAUUCAUCAGAGUCAGUGAUCCAUCAGAGACCAGAGUCCCAUGGACCUGAUCCUGGAUCCAGUUGUGUGUCCUUCAGGAGUGACAGGUCCAAGCAGAACCCACCUUAUUUUUCUGCAGAGACAGUGGAGCAGCAGAGCUCAGAGGUUUCCAGUGAUCAGCAGCAUCAGACUCAGCUAGACUCCAUAUUUAAGCUGCUGGAGGAGAACAUCUGCACUUUUGUCAUGAAUGAACUGAAGAAGUUCCACCAGGUUCUGAGUACAGAUUACCCAGAAUGCUUAGAGAGUCUGAAGGAUGAGGAUGAAGAGCAGAGGAGGAGCUCAGAGGCUUUUCUGAAGAUCACACUGAACUUCCUGAGGAGGCUGAAGCAGGAGGAGCUGGCUGAGCGUCUGCACCGCAGUAAGACCAUUCUGUACAGAUUGAACAGAUGAAAAUGUAACCUGCAGCACAAGUUUCAGUGUGUGUUUGAGGGCAUCACUAAAGCAGGAAACCCAAAAACCCUCCUGAACCAGAUCUACACAGAGCUCUACAUCACAGAGGGAGGGGCUACAGAGGUCAACCAGGACCAUGAGGUCAGACAGAUUGAAACAGCAUCCAGGAAACCACACAGACCAGAAAUAACCAUCACAUGUGAAGACAUCUUUAAAACACCACCUGACAGAGGUGGACCAAUCAGAACAGUGCUGACAAAGGGCGUGGCCGGCAUCGGGAAAACAGUCUUAACACAGAAGUUCAGUCUGGACUGGGCUGAAGACAAAGCCAACCAGGACAUCCACUUCAUAUUUCCAUUCACCUUCAGAGAGCUGAAUGUGCUGAAACAGAAGAAGUUCAGCUUGGUGGAACUGGUGCAGCACUUCUUCACUGAAACCAAAGAAGCAGGAAUCUGGAUCUUUGAAGACCUCCAGGUGGUGUUCAUCUUAGACGGUCUGGAUGAGUGUCGACCUCCUCUGGACUUCAACAACACUCAGAUCCUGACUGAUGUUACAGAGUCCACCUCAGUGGAUGUGCUGCUGAUGAACCUCAUCAGGGGGAACCUGCUUCCCUCUGCUCGCCUCUGGAUAACCACACGACCUGCAGCAGCCAAUCAGAUCCCUGCUCAGUGUGUUGACAUGGUGACAGAGGUCAGAGGGUUCAAGGACCCACAGAAGGAGGAGUACUUCAGGAAGAGGUUCAGAAAAAAGAAACAGGCCAACACAAUCAUCUCCCACAUCAAGAUGUCACGAAUCCUCCACAUCAUGUGUCACAUUCCAGUCUUCUGCUGGAUCACUGCUACAGUUCUGGAGGACGUGUUGAAGACCACAGACAGAAGACAACUGCCCAAGACCCUGACUGAGAUGUACAUCCACUUCCUGGUGGUUCAGGCCAAAGUCAAGAACAUCAAGUUUGAUGGAGGAUCUGAGACAGAUCCACACUGGAGACCAGAGACCAGGAAGAUGAUUGAGUCUCUGGGAAAACUGGCGUUUGAGCAGCUGAAGAAAGGAAACCUGAUCUUCUAUGAAUCAGACCUGACAGAGUGUGGCAUCGAUAUCAGCUCAGCCUCAGUGUACUCAGGAGUGUUCACAGAGGUCUUCAAAGAGGAGAGUGGACUGUACCAGGACAAGGUGUUCUGCUUCAUCCAUCUGAGUGUCCAGGAGUGUGUAGCUGCUCUUCAUGUCCAUCAGACCUUCAUCAACACUGGAGUCAAUCUGCUGUCGGAAGAACAAACCACAUCCCACAGGUCUGGAUCUGCAGAGUCACAGUUCUACCAGACCGCUGUGGACCAGGCCUUACAGAGUCCAAAUGGACACCUGGACCUGUUCCUGCGCUUUCUCCUGGGUCUAUCACUGCAGACUAAUCACAGACUCCUACAAGGUCUGAUGAAACAGACAGGAAGUAGCUCAGAGACCAAGAAGAAGACAGCUGAGUACAUCAAGGAGAAGGUCAGUGGUAACCUGUCUGUAGAGAGAAGCAUCAACCUGUUCCACUGUCUGAAUGAACUGGAGGAUCGAUCUCUGGUGGAUCAGAUCCAACAGUACCUGACACCAGGACAUCUCUCCAGAGAUUGUCUGCGUCCUGCUCAGUGGUCAGCUCUGGUCUUCAUCUUACUGUCAUCAGAUAAAGAUCUGGAUGAGUUUGACCUGAACAAAUACUCUGAUUCAGACAAGGCUCUUCGGAAUUUGUUGCCAGUCGUCAAAGCCUCCAACAAAGCUGUGUGAGUCCAGACAGAGUGGAGUUUAUUGAAUUUAGUCUGUUUUAUGACACAUUUCCACCUUAUUCAUUCCUUGUCAAACCCUUACACUGAUCAUAUUCACCAACAACAUAACUUGAUGGAAUACACAUACAAUACACUUCAUCUAUAUGACAGUAGGAGCACAUCUUUUCCAUCAAACAUCUGAGUUUGUUUAUGGUUGACCAUGGAUUUAGAUCCUGUUUGGUCUUCAGUGCUGGUUGCAGAUUAUCUUUAAAUAAAUCUUUAAAUGUUCCUGUUAAUGAGACCCCCAGAUAAAUAAAGGUGUCCUAACCAUAAUCACAAAUUAAAACCGCAAGCAGUGUUAAAGCCCUCGCCCGACUGCCUCCCCACGUGACCGUUGAGGCCAUCCAACAGUAAGAGGACACUGUAUCGUGCACUCAAUCUGAAAUUCUACGAGAUACAGACACUUUUAUACUUUUCUAAAAUGACCGCUUCGUCACGAGCUCGUCACAGCCACGCCCAACAUUUGAUAAAAAAUGUAAAUAAUAAC